AUGGACAACAACAAGUUAACAGGGAAGAUUGGAGAUGGCUUGCUAAACUCAAGUAAGCUGCAUAUACUUGACCUGACGAACAACCACCUCACAGGUGCACUUCCUAGUUGGUUAUCCAAGUUUCCUAUCAUCGGUCUGUAUCUCGCAAACAAUGGCUUUCAUGGUAACAUCCCAGCCUCAAUGUUUAAUCAGAGUGUGAUGGACUUCAUGGACCUAUCUGGGAAUAAGUUGUCUGGAAGUUUACCUCCACGCUUCAUUUCUAAAUAUAAGAUGAAUCUAUACCUGCAAGAUAAUGAUCUUACCGGACCUAUACCAGACACCUUGCUUGAAAGUAUCCGGAUACUUGACUUGAGAUACAACAGACUGUCUGGGAGUAUCCCUCGCUUCCUGCACAACCAAAACAUCAGCGUUCUUUUGCUGAGAGGAAAUAAUCUGACAGGUGAGAUUCCUGCACACAUCUGCUCCUUAACCAAAGUCAUUCUACUGGACCUCGCCUACAAUAGCCUAAAUGGGUCCAUACCUCCAUGCUUUCGUAACCUAUCAUUUGGACUGGGAGGGAAUGGUGAGCCACAAGGUCUUGGAGGGAUGGGUUUAGAUUACACUUUUGAAACUGUUGGCAUUCAGGAAUAUUACAAGUACAACUCAGUGCUCCAGCUAGAAAUGUUUUCAGAGCCAUCUGUAUCGACAUACAGACAUGAUAAGGUUGAUUUUACAUCAAAACACAGGUACGAGUCUUACAAUGGUUUUAUGUAUGGACUGGAUCUUGCAGGCAAUGAGCUAAGCGGUGAGAUCCCAAAAGAGGUUGGUCAUCUUUGGAGGAUAUGUGUGUUAAAUCUUUCUCACAAUUCCUUGUGGGGCAAGAUACCAGAGAGCUUCUCAAACCUGACAGCUUUGGAGAGCCUUGAUCUUUCUUUCAACAGGCUAUCAGGGGAAAUUCCUCAUGACUUUGCUAAACUUCAUUCUCUAGCUGUCUUGAAUGUUUCUUACAACAAUCUAUCUGGUACCAUUCCACAAGGUGGAAAACUGAUUACGUUCGAUGUUAGCAGCUAUACUGGUAAUCCUUUUCUGUGUGGACUACCCACCAACCGAAGCUGUAGCAACAUUGACGAUGAUGACACGGAGAUAAAAGAGGGAUUUAUAGGAGAAGAUGGUCAAGACACUGUGAUUGAUAUGGUUGUCUUCUACUGGAGCCUCACGGUGACUUAUGUGUCUGUAUUUGCUGGUUUUCUCUUGUUUCUGUGUUUUGAAUCUUCUCCUAGACAAGCAUGGCUCAGCCUUGUCGAUGCUUUCAUCCGCUUAGCAAGAAGGGCCUUGUCCUAA